AUGGCGGCCGCCGUGGUGUUCGCGGCCGUCGUGGCGUCGGCGGCGGCGCAGGCGGAGGUGCGGUGGGAGGUGGCGUACCUGACGCUGGAGCCCCUCGGCUCCGCGCAGAAGGUGAUUGCGAUAAACAACCAGUUCCCGGGGCCGGUCCUGAACGUGACGACCAACGAGAACGUCAGGGUGAACGUCCAAAACAACCUGGAUGAGCCCCUCCUCAUCACCUGGGAUGGCAUCCAGAUGAGGAUGAACUCGUGGCAGGACGGCGUCGCUGGCACCAACUGCCCGAUCCCUCCGGGAUGGAACUGGACCUACCAGUUCCAGCUCAAGGACCAGAUCGGCAGCUUCUUCUACUUCCCGUCGCUCGGCCUCCAGCGAGCCGCCGGCGGGUACGGCCCCAUCACCGUCAACAACCGCGCCAUCGUCCCGGUCCCCUUCGACCAGCCUGACGGCGACAUCACCCUGUUCAUUGGGGAUUGGUACACCAAGAGCCACAUUGAAUUGAGGAACAUGCUAGAUGAUGGCAAGGAUCUCGGAGUACCGGAUGCAAUUCUGAUCAAUGGAAGGGCCCCUUACAGAUACGACAAUACACUGGUUCGAGAUGGCCUUCAGUACGAAACUGUCGGAGUUGAGCCAGGCAAAACAUAUCGCUUCCGUGUCCACAAUGUUGGCAUAUCAACUAGCCUCAACUUCAGGAUCCAGAAUCACAACAUGCGUCUGGUAGAGGCCGAAGGAACCUAUACCAAUCAGCAGAACUACACCAACCUCGACAUCCAUGUGGGACAGUCCUACUCUUUCUUGGUGACCAUGGACCAAAAUGCGAGCACCGACUACUACAUCGUGGCGAGCCCGAGGUUCGUAAGCGAUCCUUGGUGGCGCGAGGUCAACGGUGUGGCCAUCCUGCAGUACUCAAACUCCGAAGGCAGUGCUUCUGGCCCCCUCCCUGAUGCUCCAAAUGAUUACUACGACAAGGUCUACUCCAUGAACCAAGCAAGGUCUAUCAGCAUGAAUACGAGUGCUGGUGCUGCCCGUCCAAACCCACAAGGAUCAUUCCGCUACGGUUCGAUAAACAUCACCCAGACCUUCGUUCUGAAGAACGAGCCGCCCUUGCGCAUCAAUGGGAAGCGUCGAAGGACGAUAAACAGAAUCUCAUACUCUCCUCCUGAGACGCCACUGAGGCUUGCUGACCUCCACAACCUGACUGGAGUCUACGCAACUGACUUCCCCACGAUGCCAAGCAAUGCGCCAGCGAGGAUAGCUUCAUCUGCGUUGAACGCAUCCUACAAGGGCUUCCUCGAGAUCGUCUUCCAGAACAAUGACACUGAUGUUCAGACCUACCAUCUGGAUGGUUACUCAUUCUUUGUUGUCGGGAUGGAUUAUGGUGAGUGGACACCAGACAGGAGGAAUGGAUACAACAAACAGGAUGCCAUCUCUCGCAGCACUACUCAGGUCUUCCCCGGAGGCUGGACUGCGGUCCUAGUUUCGCUUGACAAUGUCGGUAUCUGGAAUCUCCGCGCCGAAAAGCUGGAUAACUGGUACAGAGGGCAGGAGGUCUAUGUGAAGGUUCCUGAUCCACAGGGCUACAACAUCACUGAAAUGAUCAUACCGGAUAACGCCCUGUACUGCGGUCUACUGAAAGAAAGGCAAAAGCCGCAGGUUCACCAGACGAACAGCAAAUCGUCGGCACUUGCUGGAGCCCGAUGGAGCGCCAGGCUCCUCGCGGCCGUGACGCUGAUCAUUGCAGCUUUGUGCUUCAGUUGA